CACACGCCCCCUGCAGCGGCGCCGGCGGAGCGCCCCCGACCCCGCCGCCGACCCCAGAUCGACCUCGCCUCCGAGUCCGCCCGCCUUGCCCGCCUGCAGGCCGACCUGGACUCCGCCCCCCAGCACGACACCAUGCGCCGCACCCGCCGGGGGCUGCCCGCGUACAGCCGGCGGGGGGAGCUGCUGGGGCUGCUGCGGGGGUGCGGGGUGGUGGUGGUCAGCGGGGCGACGGGGUGCGGGAAGAGCACGCAGGUUCCGCAGUACAUCCUGGAGGACGCGAUCGCGGCCGGCAACGGCGCCGCCUGCAACAUCAUCGUCACGCAGCCCCGCCGCAUCUCCGCACUGGGGCUGGCCUCACGCGUGGCGGCGGAGCGGGGUGAGCGGGUGGGCGAGGUGGUGGGCUACAGCGUGAAGCAGGACCACAAGACGAGUGCGGCCACACGGCUGACGUUUGUGACGACGGGAAUCCUGCUGCGGAGACUGCUAUCGGAUCCGGAUUUGGAGGGCACUACCCACAUCGUGUUGGAUGAGGUCCACGAACGCAGCAUCGAAAUCGACCUGCUGCUGCUGCUGCUCCGGGACCUGCUGACACGACGCCAGGAGAAGGCAGCCGCAGCCGCCGCCGCAGCAGGCAGUGGUGGUAGAGCCGGGGCGUCGAAAGCAUCGCCACUGCCACCGCUCAAGUUGAUUCUGAUGUCUGCAACUGCCGACGCGCAACUCUUUGCGGAUUACUACACGGGCGCUGCUGGGAGGGGCGGUAAGGGGUCGGCAAAAGCGGCGGCGGCGGCGGCGAAGAUGACCCAUGGGUCGGCAGCAGCCGCGGAAGCGAAGACGGGGUUGGAGGUUGGCAUGAUGAGCAUUCCUGGGUUCACAUACCCGGUUCGGGAAUUCUAUCUGGAGGACGCCCUGGAGAUGACGGGGCACGAGGUGGGUCGGGGCAGCAAAUACGCGAAACGCGGCGGCGGCGGCGGUGGGAAGGGCAAGGGCGGAGACGGCGACCAGCAAGGGGAAGACGCUGACGGCGGCAGUGGUAACGGUAACGGUCAGCGGCAGUUGUCGUACGCGCUGCCCUCGUACAGCGAACGCACGAUGCGUAGCCUGGGCAAUGUGGAUGAGGACCAG